AUUCAGAUACAAUAUUAAUAAAAUGAAUACAGUGAUAUCAGAGAAUUAUGAGGAUGAAGGAGAAAUUUGCGAAAAAAAUCCAAUCGCAUCGAGAUUGCAAAGUCAUAAUGAUAAUUCAUGUACUAAAAUUUGAGAUAAUAACAGCAUUAAUUUUCUAAAAAGAAAUCCCUCUUAGGUCAAUAAAAAGUUGUAGCCCAUAAUAACAUGAUAAAUUUGAUUUUUAAAAUGAAAGAUGUAAAAUACCAUCUUAUGAAUGUCUGAGACUUGAUAAGAGAGUAUGAUUAAUUGUUAAUAAAUAGAAAACCACUUCAGUAUUUAGAUAAACUUAGGAAUCGGUAUCAUAUAGUUUAAAAGGUGAAAUGAAUUCAUUAAUAUAUUAUAAAUUGUUUGAUGAUGAAUGCAAAUAUAUUGUAAAGGAGAUUGCUGAAAAUUUAAUGGAAUUGAAUUGUAAUAUAUAUUUAGAAUAAAAAUAAUUUGAUGAGAUAGCAGAGAUAACUCAUUCAAAUCGACUUUAUGUUUUAAAUUAAGAAUAAAUACCUUCAAUAUCUUUAAUAAUAGUAGUAGGAGGAGAUGGUACAGUACUUUAUGCAUUAAGAUAAUUUUAAAGUCAUGAACCACCUCCGAUAUUGGCAUUUUAGAAAGGGACAUUAGGUUUUAUGUGUGUAUUUGAAUUGAAAGAUAAAUAUUAGGUGCUAUCAAAAUAAAUAGAGCAUUUUAGAACAGCAGGAUAAUUUAUAGUAGAAAGAAAAUUAAGAUUGAAAGGUUGUUUGAAAGAGAGAGAAGAAUAGAAAUUUGAAUAUCAUGUAUUAAAUGAAUUUGUAAUAACAAGAGGUGCAAACCCUCAUUGUUUAUAUAUAGAGAUAUAUAUAAAUAAUGUACUAUUAACAGUUGCAUCAGGGGAUGGAAUAAUUGUAUCUACUCCAACCGGUUCAACUGCAUAUUUUUUAUCUGCUGGAGGUCCAAUCAUAUAGAAUGAAGUUUCAUCUAUAUCAAUAGCUCCAAUUUGUCCUUUAUCUUUAUCAUUCAGACCUAUAGUAUUACCAACUUGCCUUAAUAUUACAAUAAAAUUAGCUAAUUAAUGUAGAGCUAAUGGAUUUAUAUGUGCUGAUGGAUAAACUACUGUUGAAUUCAAUAAAGACAUGGUAUUUGAAAUAUCACAAUCUGAAAAGUUUGUUAGCAGUAUAUUAUUAUAAAUAUAUUUAGUUAUCUAAGAUAAAUCAGACAUUGAUUAUAAUGAAUGGGUUCUUAAUCUUAGGAAAAAAUUAGGAUGGAAUAAAGUAUUUACUGAUCAAAGAAAAUAAAAAUCAAAUUUGUGAUAAAUAUUAAAUAG